AUGUCGAGCAGUCGAGGACGUCCGAAGGAUAUGACCGAAGUGCGACUGACGCCGGAGGAACGGCAAGUCGUGGUCGAUAGCAUCGUGGUCCCGGACCACGUUCUUGAGGUCAAGAACCCUCGGGACAUCUUCGAGUCGGUCGGGGUACCGAAAGACUUGAACAGUCACCAGAAGUCACCUCAGCAUGCAGGAUUGAGUGCCAUCGACAAAGCGAGCUGGGUGCUGCUGCCCUUGCUCAAAGCAUCUCCGAGCCAUCCUUUGGCUCCGGAGACGCUGGAACACCUGAUGUACUCGAUCCUCAGGGGAUGGGUCAAGAACCUGCAAGUGGAACUGGUGGUUGUUCUGGCUCAAGACGUCAAGGUGCUGCUGCAGUCGGUUCGGAGGACUCGCCGCAGCUGGCGGUAUAUAGGCAAGCAAGUCGAGAGAAAGUGGCCCAGUCGGGCCAACAACUAUCCUAGAAUUUUGGAGAUGCUCCAGAUCAUCGACGAUGCUGUUGGGGAGGACUCGCAAGAAGCCGCCGCCGUCCCGGAGGACGACGCCGCCGCCGAACGUGGCGAAUCCGGUGAGAUAAUGGAUGCCUGGGGAAUACAGCAACCGGAGUCGAUUGAGGAAAAGCUACGGGCCAAGAGAAAGGCCGUGCUUUUGGAUCUGCAGGACAAACAAGUUCAGAUUGAAGACUCCGACGAGGAGCCUGCUCCGGAUGCUGGUCCUGGGGAGCAGCUUGUUGCUGCUCAUGGUGAGGCUCCGGNNCUGCCAGUGGCUCCGGAAGCUGCCCGGGCGGCUGCAACAGCCGAUGCUGUGGCCUAUGUUCCCAGGCCCGAGUCUGCUGAUGCCGCUCGCCCGCAUAUAUAUGUAUAUAUAUAUAUAUACUCCAAACCCUAA